UCGAUUCAAAAAAUCCCAACCGAGCGCUUUAUCCUCGCCGUCGUUGGCGUCGUUGUUCGUGAACCGUUGCUGUAUUUCGUUGACACUGGAUCGAUAGAAAACUUACGACCGCAUUCACAAACUCCGUGGUGAUGUCGAUAAACGUAGGUGAAACGUCACGUAGCGGAUGGAAUGUUCAGGCGUCGCUGAUCGCUAAAAACACUCACAAUCCGAUCAGGAGUAUCGUUGAGAGUAUUGUGGUUGAGCCGAAUCCAGAAAAAUGCGUGAUAGCAUUAUCAAUCGGUGAUCCCACGACCUUUGGAAACUUGAAACCAGCGAGAGAAGUGAUCGAAGCUGUACAAGAGAGCGUCGAGUCUCAGGCGUACAACGGUUAUGCACCAAGCGCUGGAUUCCAAGAAGCAAGACUUGCGGUGGCAGAAUAUUAUUCGGACCAACACGUCCAGAUUGAUCCAAGUGACGUCAUACUGUGCAGCGGUUGCUCGAGUGCUCUCGACAUCUGCAUCACAGCACUGGCUCGCGAGGGCCAAAACAUCCUUCUGCCACGGCCCGGCUUCUCCAUUUACCGAACUCUCGCCGUAGGACUGGGCAUAUCCGUGAAAUCCUACAACCUUCGCCCGGAGCUGGGCUGGGAGAUCGAUUUGGACGACCUGGAGGCACAGAUCGACGAGUUCACGGCGGCCAUUGUUAUAAACAAUCCCUCGAAUCCGUGCGGCUCGGUGUACAGCCGCGAGCAUCUGCUCGAUGUGCUCGACAUCGCUGCCAAGUACUGUGUUCCGAUCAUUGCUGACGAGAUUUACGAGUAUUUGGUGUUUCCAGGGAGAACGUUUUACUCGCUAGCGUCUCUAUCGACCGAAGUUCCUAUAUUAUCGUGCAGCGGACUCGCAAAGAGGUUUUUGGUACCCGGCUGGAGAAUGGGAUGGAUCGUCAUCCACGAUCGCGAUAACAUAUUGGAUAAAGAGAUCAGAAAAGGCUUGCAAUGUUUGACGCACAGGACAAUUGGCAGUAACACGAUAAUCCAAGGAGCUCUUCCGAAAAUCCUAAAAAAUACUCCUCAGAGAUUUUUCGACAACUUGUUGCAAACCUUAUACGCGCACGCAAAGCUCACCUACAAUUAUCUUUCGCAAAUUCCUGGAUUGAAGCCCAUUAUGCCCGACGGUGCUAUGUACAUGAUGGUACACAUCGACCUGUCCAGCUUUCCGGGGUUCAACAGCGAGAUGGAUUUCGUUCAGGGCCUGCUUGCCGAGGAAUCUGUGUUCUGUUUACCCGGACAGUGUUUCGAUUAUCCGUCGUACAUGAGAUUGGUGAUCACGGUUCCGCAGGAUGUGCUGGAGGAAGCAUGCCUGAGGAUUCAAGAGUUUUGCUCGAGGCACCACGUUAAGAAUUGUUUGCAAAAUGUUAUUCCUUAUUAGGCCUGCGAAGUGUAUAAGAUAUGACAUGUAUAGUUUUUUUA